UGAUGACGCAUCGCUGUGUCAGGUGUCGUGCGCGCUCUCGGUGCAGCCGGUUGCUGUAACGCGCCUGCAGCUCCGUGACUGGCUCUUCCCAAGAUGGCGGCCUGCGGACGUGUCCGGCUCUGCUGGGUGCUGUAUGUGAGCGCAGGGCUUGCUCUGCUCGGGCGCACGACUGCGGGUGACUUUCCUGCGGGGCAGGAGGUUGCGGUACAGCCCGGUGCAGCGGCCUCACAGCCUCGCAGGUUACCCGGCUGGAAGCUGGCCGAGGAGGAGGCCUGCAGGGAGGAUGUGAGCCGCAUCUGCCCCAAACACACCUGGGGUAACAACCUGGCCGUGCUGGAGUGCCUUCAGGAGAUCAGGGAGGCUGAUAACGAAAUAUCAUCCGACUGCAACCAUCUGCUCUGGAAUUACAAGCUGAAUUUGACAAAGGACAUAAAAUUUGAGUCUGUGGCGAAGGAGAUCUGCAAGUCCACGCUGUCUUCGAUGAAGGAAUGUGCUGAUGAGACCCCUGGGAAGGGGUACGUGGUUUCCUGUUUGGUGGAUCAUCGCGGUAAUAUCACAGAGUACCAGUGCCAACAAUACAUCACCAAGAUGACAGCCAUUAUUUACAGCGACUACCGGCUCAUCUGCGGCUUUAUGGAAGACUGCAAUGCUGAAAUCAACACUCUGAAAUGUGGCAAUAUCCGGCCUGGGGAAAAGGACCCUCACUCCCAGGGCGAGGUAGUGUCCUGUUUGGAAAAGGCAAUCAUUAAAGAAGCGGAGGAUGCAGACACCGUUGCGCGCAUCUCGGAUAGGUGCAAGCAGGCCAUUUUGCGUGUGGCUGAGCUGUCCUCUGACGAUUUCCAUCUGGACCGCCAUCUUUACUUUGCGUGCAGAGAUGACAGGGAGCGUUUCUGUGAGACUGUUCAAGCUGGAGAAGGCAGAGUCUACAAAUGUCUGUUCAACCACAAGUUUGAAGAAUCCAUGAGCGAGAGGUGCCGCGAUGCCCUCACCACCAGACAGAAACUGAUAGCGCAGGACUACAAGGUCAGUUAUUCCCUGGCAAAGUCGUGCAAGGCUGACCUGAAGAAAUACCGGUGUAACGUGGAGAAUCACCCUCGCUCCAGAGAGGCUCGUCUGUCUUACCUGCUUCUGUGUCUCGAGUCUGUGGUGCACAGAGGCCGCACAGUAAGCAGCGAGUGUCAGGGGGAGAUGCUGGAUUACCGGCGCAUGCUCAUGGAAGAUUUUUCUCUGAGCCCUGAGAUCAUCCUGAGCUGCAGAGGAGAGAUUGAGCAUCACUGCUCUGGGCUCCAUCGGAAGGGCCGGACCUUGCACUGCCUCAUGAAAGUGGUGCGCGGGGAGAAGGGCAACAUAGCAGAGAAGUGUCAGCAAUCGCUCCAAACCUUGGUGCAAGAGACAGACCCGGGUUCUGAUUACCGAAUAGACAGAGCUCUGAAUGAGGCCUGUGAAUCUGUGAUCCAGACAGCUUGCAAGCACAUUCGCUCUGGAGACCCAAUGAUUUUGUCUUGUCUCAUGGAGCACCUGUACACAGAGAAGAUGGUAGAGGAAUGUGAAGAUCGCCUGCUGGAGCUGCAGUACUUCAUCUCCCGAGACUGGAAACUAGAUCCCAUCCUGUAUCGGAAAUGUCAGGGUGAUGCUUCUCGCCUGUGCUUCGCUCAUAGCUGGAAUGAUACCAGCGAGACCAUGCCGGCCGGUGCGGUGUUCUCCUGUCUGUACAGACAUGCCUAUCGCACGGAAGAGCAGGGCAGGAGGUUGUCUCGAGAGUGCCGUGCCGAGGUCCUGCGUAUUUUGCAUCAGCGAGCUCUGGAUAUGAAGCUGGAUCCAGCCAUGCAGGCCAAGUGCAUGAGUGAUCUGGGGAAGUGGUGCAAUGAGAAGACGGAGGCCGGCCAGGAGCUGGAGUGUCUGCAGGAUCACUUGGAGGACCUUGAUGUUGAGUGUCGAGAUGUUGUGGGUAAUCUGACAGAGCUAGAAUCGGAGGAUAUUCAGAUUGAAGCCCUACUCAUGAGAGCUUGUGAACCCAUCAUCCAGAACUUCUGCCACGAGGUGGCUGAUAAUCAGAUAGACUCUGGGGAUCUGAUGGAGUGCCUCGUACAGAACAAGCACCAGAAGGAGAUGAAUGAGAAGUGUGCUGUGGGUGUCACUCACUUCCAGCUGGUCCAAAUGAAAGAUUUCCGAUUUUCCUACAAGUUUAAGAUGGCCUGUAAAGAGGAUGUCCUGAAACUGUGUCCCAAUAUCAAAAAGAAGGUGGACGUUGUUAUAUGUCUCAGCACUACUGUCCGUAACGACACUCUGCAGGAGGUGAAGGAACAUCGCGUUUCACUGAAGUGCCGCAAGCAGCUGAGGGUUGAGGAGCUGGAGAUGAGCGAAGACAUUCGAUUGGAGCCGGAGUUGUACGAAGCCUGCAAGAAUGACAUCAAAAGUGUCUGUCCCAGCAUCCCAUUUGGAAAUGCCCAGAUCAUUGAAUGUCUGAAAGAGAGCAAGAAGCAGCUGUCGGCACGAUGCCACCAAAAAGUCUUCAAGCUCCAAGAGACAGAAAUGAUGGAUCCUGAGCUAGACUAUACCCUCAUGAGAGUCUGCAAGCAGAUGAUUAAGAGGUUCUGCGGUGACACCGACCCUAAGGGCCUCCUGCAGUGUCUGAAACAGAACAAGAACUCUGAGACCAUGGAUCCCAAGUGCAAACAGAUGAUCACCAAGCGGCAGAUAACACAGAAUACAGAUUAUCGCCUCAAUCCUGUGCUGCGCAAGUCCUGCAAAGCAGACAUCCCCAAAUUCUGCCAAUCCAUUCUAAACAAUGCCAAAGAUGACACAGAACUGGAGGGCCAAGUUAUUUCCUGCCUGAAAGUGAAGUAUGCCGACCAGCGCUUGUCUCCCAAUUGCGAGGACCAGAUCCGGGUAAUUAUUCAAGAGACGGCUCUGGAUUACCGCCUCGAUCCCCAGCUGCAGAUACAAUGCUCUGAAGAGAUCAAUGAGCUAUGUGGCGAGGAAGCGGCUGCGCAGGAGCCCACAGGCCAGGUGGAAGAGUGCUUGAAAAUGAACCUACUGAAAAUCAAAUCCGGCGGCUGCAAAAAGGAGGUGUUGAACAUGCUGAAGGAAAGCAAAGCAGACAUUUUUGUGGACCCCGUCCUGCACACAGCCUGCGCUCUGGAUAUAAAGCACCACUGCGCCGCCAUUCCCCCUGGCAAAGGACGACAGAUGUCCUGCUUGAUUGAAGCAUUACAAGAUAAAGUGGUCCGUCUGCAGCCAGAGUGCAAGAAACGGUUACAGGAUCGGCUUGAUAUGUGGAGUUACGCGGCCAAGGUGGCACCAGCAGAAGGCUUCUCGGACCUGGCCAUGCAAGUGAUUAGCUCUCCGUCCAAAAACUACAUCCUGUCCAUCCUUUUGGUCGGGGUUUGCGUGCUGUUCUUUGGGGGCCUUUUCUGUGGGCGCAUCACCAAGAGAGUGGCACGUGAGAUAAAGGACAGCUACGGGAGACUGUACCUAUAAGGACCCUAUAGGUACCUAUAAGGACAGCACUUCACUCAAGCCAACAAAGUUUAGACUGACACCAUUCCCUUCUGACCUCGAUCUGAACGCCCCCCCCCCGUCUAACCUCUCCCGCUACCCCCCUUCCAAUCUAACCAAACAGCCAGGACUGCAAAAUAAAGCAACGCGUUGGGUGAAACUGCAAGCUACCUGCCCCAUUAACCCUUUCCUGCUGUGAGCUGUUUAACCCCUUCAGUGUGAGGUGUACUUCGUUGUCGGCCGUGUCCUGCGAUACACUGGAGUGUAGGCCUACCCCGGGCAGGGAAAAUGGCUUUGUUUCCAUUCUUUCCCCCGUUCCAACAUACUUUUUUUUGUAAAUGGUUUGGUUUCACCUCUGUGUAUAGAAUUGAACGCUCUCUCCUGUCCAUGCCGUGUCAUAAGAAAUGUUACCCCUGUAAUAAACAUAUUGUGCUUUUUUUCUGUACAGAUAAAACGGGAAGGUUUAAUAAAAAAACAAAACUA